UAUAAAUUGAGCUCCCUCCCUCCCCAUUUUUCUUCACUCACUCUCACUCAAUUCCUUACCACUUCCCACUCAUUUUCUCCACAAAAGCUCCAAAAUUUUGCGGGAAGGACAAGACAAUGGCUCUCAUCGGGCUGAUUAUAGUGGGUUUCCUUGCAAUGGCGGCAUCUGCCGAGGGCUACGGCGGCGGAUGGACUAAUGCACAUGCCACAUUCUAUGGAGGCAGUGAUGCUUCCGGCACAAUGGGCGGGGCGUGCGGGUACGGCAACCUCUACAGCCAGGGUUACGGGACAAACACCGCGGCGCUGAGCACGGCGCUCUUCAACAACGGGCUGAGCUGCGGGUCGUGCUACGAGAUCCGGUGCCAGAACGACGGGAAGUGGUGCCUGCCGGGGUCCAUCACCGUGACGGCCACUAACUUCUGCCCGCCCAACAAUGCCCUCCCGAACAAUGCCGGCGGCUGGUGCAACCCUCCCCUCGAGCACUUCGACCUCUCCCAGGUCGUGUUCCAGCGCAUCGCCCAGUACCGCGCCGGCAUCGUCCCAGUCUCAUACCGCAGGGUGCCCUGCAGGAGAAAGGGGGGCAUGAGGUUCACCAUCAACGGCCACUCCUACUUCAACCUGGUCCUCAUCACCAACGUCGGCGGUGCCGGGGAUGUCCACUCCGUGGCCGUCAAGGGGUCCCGUACCGGGUGGCAGCCCAUGUCCCGGAACUGGGGCCAGAACUGGCAGAACAACAACAACCUCAACGGGCAGAGCCUGUCCUUCAAGGUCACCACGAGCGACGGCCAGACCGUCGUGUCCAACAACGUAGCCCCCGCCGGAUGGUCCUUCGGGCAGACCUUCACCGGAGGGCAGUUCCGCUAGAGGCCUUGAACCCAGGGUCAGUUAAGGGUAGAAUUAUAAUAUAAUUAGAUGACUAAUAUAUAAAAUACAUAUACAAUUAAUGUUAGGGUACAUAUUGGAAGGACCAUGAUGGGUCGGAAAGAUAAGGAGAGGGCUACUUUUAUAAUGGCUCUUUUUCUCGUUCCGACCCCAUUGGAGGAUCGCUAGGGUUCGUAAAAUUUAAGGGCAACCCUUAAAUUUGUUGGGUUCGUCGUAUUUUACCCUUUUUGCCCUUUUUUACUGCUGCAGUAAAUGCAGAGUUAGGCAGUGGUGGACUCUUACUUACCACCCGCCGUAGUAAUUUGAAGUAGUUUGUUUGUUUGUUUGUUUUUAUUGGGCAAAACUUUUGCCGAGGUUGGUCAUUGUAAAUCAGCUUAUUAAUUGGGCUGAUUAUUAUAUCAUGAGUUGCAAUUUACGUACCGUAUGGCUGCGAGUACUAAGUUGUAAGUUUCAUCUUUGCAAUGUAUUGAGUAAAGUGAGUGAUGAUUUAGCAAUA